AUGCAACAAAUCUCAGAGGAAGACGAAAAGAAAGCUGAAUCAAGUUACUUUGGAAGCCCUUUGAUUCCUCAAAAUAAAGGAUCAGAGUUUACUUUUGAGAUAAAUCCUAUCCCAACAAAGAAAGAGAAUACUACAUCAAAAAGCAUAUCAACAGAGAGUCAUGAUGAAAACAAUAAUGAAAAAGAUCUUGAACUCAAUAAAGCCUCAACAGGACAUUUUAGAAUAGAGGUUAGUUCUCCAGAUGAAGAAGAUCGAAGUUCUAAUGAUGCUUCUUCUGAUGAAGAAGAUAGUAGCUUAGAGUCUUCACAAGAAGACAACAUUGACAAGCAAUUACAAUCAUAUAAAAAUUCUGAGGAAAAAGAUCAGGUUAAUAUUUGGCAAAGAAUUAAAAACCAGCAAGAAUCAAACCAGAGAAAUCAGAGUGAAUCCUCUAGUGAUAGUUCAGACCUCAUUGAGCAUACUGCUGAUCUUGAAAUAUUAUCCAAGACUCCAGUGAGCAAUAUGAAAGCAAAUAAAGCUAACAAAAACGAAAGAACAGAAAUGUUAUCGAAAUCUUGGAAAACAAAAGAAGAAAAGAAGGCUUAUAAAGAAGAUUCCAGAUUUUGAAAAUUAGAUAUGCUUCACAAUAAUAAAAUUAUGUCAGAAGAUGUCAACAGAAUACUGGAUCACAAUCAUAUUGCCAUGAGAUCUGAAAAAGAAAUAAGAUUGACAUUGAAGAGUACAGAUACUGCUAAUUCAGCAAAGUUUGAUACAGAACUCAAGAUAAAGGAUGAUAUUCUGGAUGUUAAAUAUCAAUCAAGUAAAAUUAUAAAUAGCCCUUCAAUAAGUACCUUCGGUAAAUCUGCAAUGAAACUAAAACUCCCAAUAGAAAUUGAGAAGGAAGAUGAAGAAGAAUUCAUUGCUUAUAGAGAUUUUAAUAUAAACGUCUCUCAAAAUAAUCUUUUGAAAGUCCCUGGUCCUAAAGUUCACAGGAAUACUUAUUUUCAUAAAAAUACCACAAAAUUUGAAAACCCUACACAGAAGAGAGACACUCAUUCCAUUGAGGUCCACGACCGGCUUGUAAUCCUGUUUGCAACUGUAUUGCUAAAAAUAGAUAGAAUAAAUGAUUGCCUAACUGUUUUGAACUUUUAUGGUAGAAGAUGUCUGCACGGAGAUAGCCUCACCAGAGCUAAUAUGUACAAGCUUCUCUCCCUCUCCUUGUUAGAAACAGAUUCGGAUGGUUCUACAGAAAAAGCUUUAAAGAAUUGAGAGAAAGCAUUGGAAAAAUAUCGACAUUUGGAAUCGAAUCAAGGCAUAGUCAGCUGAAUGCUUAUCAAACUUUAUAUUUUACAAUUGAUCAAAUUCAAAGAAGAUCCUUUUGAGUCAGAUGAAGAUGAAAGUUUUGACAUUCAAGACUCUCCAAAAUCUAUUGGGAAGACUUCAAAAAUUAAUAAUCUCAUUGAAGAGUCUUGUAAACGCCUGAAUAAAUGUCCAAAGCUGAGUAUCAAACAGAAGGAAAGCAUAAUUAAUGAACUAUACUUAUCAGAAAGAAUGAUAAGACCCAUAGAUAUUAAAAAUAACCAAAGUAUCUCCAAGUUUUUGAAUGAUCCGAUAUUUACAGUACAACUUGAAGGUCAUUCAUUUACUCCUCAAAAGUAUUUUAUUUGCGGAUUAACUUUCCAUAGCAAAAGCGAAGUAGUUGUCAUAAAGAAAAGUCCAAUUUCAAGCAUGAUGGAGACAAAAGUUGAAGAAUGGUUCAAAACACAUUUUUCUCUUCUCCAUUCUAUCCCAGAAAAGUCCUCAAACGAAUCGAAUUUGAAUCUAAAUAAAAAGACUAGCUCUAGUUCUCCAUCUGAGAAAGAAAAGGAAGAAUACAUCAAAUAAACUAUUCGAAUAUUUAGAUAAAAAUAUGCUUGAAAUCAACACUUCCAUAAUGUCUGGAGGAUUACAAACUAAGAACUCUUCUGUUGAUACUGCUGAAUAUCUAAAAACUAAAAACAAAGUUGAUGUUGAAGUUAGCACAAUCACACUAGAGCCUUCAAAGAUUCCCACAAGAGAUGUUGAAAUUCAGGAUAAUACCCAAUAUUCAACCAAAAGCAUAAAUGUGAACACACUUCACUCUUCAAGAGACAUAGAUGGAGCAAAAUCUAAAGAAGAGACAAAGAUGGGUUUGAAAGCAUUGCAAUUAAAUAAACCUAAUGUAUUCAAAUGCCCAGUCAUGGUUCAAGACUUCAAUAUUGAAAGAAAUAGCAAAUUUGUCGAUCCAAAUUAUUUCCUUCCAAAAACUAGCAACAAAAUCUAUUCCAAAAAUGAGGGAGGCACCACAUGGAGAGAUGAAGAAGAUCAUGAAAAUUUGAAAUUUGAUCCUACUAAAACUGAGUUUUAUGAUUAUAAAGAUCUAAUUAAAUCUACUAGAAGUAAAUUUUCAAAAUAUCAGCCUCUCCGAGUAUCAAAAGAGACUUCACUUGAAUCCCGAAGAAGUUUUAAGACAGGAAACUAUCAAAGCCUCAAGACAUUCCCUCUACGUCCGCAACAGAAAAGUCCUCAAAACACUCAAGGGUCAACUUCUCACCGCACAAGCGCCUUCAACCAGCUUGACAUUACCAGAUCAGAGUAUGGUGGUUCAGGAGGAAGGUGGACAACAGGAAAGGUAGUUGGAAAACCUCAGUGGAAAAGAAAGGGGUAGAUAAUAAGGUGC